GCGCCACAUCGGAAAUUUUCGAAAGUUUAGGGAGUUGAAGUUAUCUAAAAAAUUAUGUUUUCAAUUCUUUCUAUAAAAAAAUGAAUCUCCUGUUGGAAUUAGUGGACGGAAAGUGGUGUUGAGUGUUCCGGGGGCACCUACCGUUGAGGUUGCACCCCAUGGUGGGGCCCUGAGUGCGCCCCGCACCCCUAAAAUUGUGAACCUAAAUGGAGAAGAAGUGCGAUGAUGAAAGUGCGCCAGAGAAAGUGGCUGGGAAUGCGGAUCUGCAGGUUACGGAGACCCUGGCUCGCAUGGACAUCGAAGGUGCCACCAGUCUCGAGGGUCUGCGUGCCAUUGACGAUGACGACGACGAUCCGGUGGCAGAGCAAGGUAGUACCGCUGGGGCUACUGCAGCACAACCCGAAGAGGCAGCGGAGAAACCCAUUGCCAGCACUGAGAGCCCCACAAAUGAAUCUCCGGCUGAGGCAACGCCCGUGGCUGUGACAAUGUCAGGAGUCCGUCGAAAGCAGAUCCUGACACAGAAUGGGACAAAGCGCAAAGUGCGUGAGAAGGUGCCACAGCAGGUUCCGCCAGACAACGAAUACUACCACAUUUGGCACGCCAGCGAAGGUGGUGGCAGUGAUGAAGUUCCCUUCGAUGCUCCACCACUUCCACCCAAGAAUAGCCUCAGUGGGAAUUCUCUGCAUCGUCCACUAGAGCGCUCCUGGCCACCGAGAGUUUCCCGGCUGACGAAGCCUUCGUGCGAAUUCAGCUUCGACAUCAUCGACACGGACGAGGCGGUGCUGAGUCUGCCCACGGAUGUGAAUAUGGCGGACCAGGUUACCUUUGUGCCCGGAGAAUUCUUCACAGAGCACCGUCAGACGGCCACACUCAAGCCGGGCAAGUCCAUUGACUGUGAUUUCGCGCCAUUGGCCACACCCGAGACAGACGGGAGCCUCUCGGAUAGAAUGGCGGAGAAUAGUGGUGGCAGUGGGAAUCCAACGCCCAAACUUAAACCGCUGAUGAAGAAGAAAAUCGGCCCAGAUAACUACAUCAGCACCAUCCUGGCCAAAAAGGUGAUUGAACAGAGUGAAAGCCCCGAGGAUGGUGAAAAUUCCAAUGUGGCAGACGCUAAUGGUCUCCCCAUGGCGAUGGGAGAGACCACCACAGAGGAGUUUGUUACAAUCAAACCGCACAAACCACUAACUCGGCAACUUUCCAACGGGAAAAGUAAAUUCCAUCCCAAUGGCUUCAUUUCUGCCACGGAGCAGGAGCUGUCAUUUGAUGAGGAAAAUCAGCAUUACAUGCUGUGCCGGAAAUUGUCUCCUCAUCGACCACGGAGUCCACCGUCGGGGUCCUCAACGCGAUCUGCUUCACCACUGGACAAUGUUAUGUCAUCCCCGGAAGGAGCUGCUUCGCCCAUUGUUCACCAGAAGCCCUUCCGGCCACAACCGCGUCUUCUCACGCGAGUUGGUGGAUCAGGAUCCAGCGGAGGGAAUCUCAUUUGUCCCCCAACGCCUACGCAUCAUGCACGAAGGCUGAGAUCCUUGGCAGAUAGUAUGGGGCCACCGGAACUCCAUUCGCGUGAUGUUUUCUCCCCCGAGAGUAUCCCAUCGCCCGAAAUUCGUCACGCUGAGGUGGUUUUGUUGAGUAAGAGAACGGAUUUCGGGCGUAUGGCUGAUGCUGGGGCAAGUGGGGGCGAUGGAGAGCUUCCAAUGCGACAUCUGACCCCCACACGAUUGCCCUCAAUUCCGGAAAGGGCACGCGGGGCAGUGGCAGAGUCGGAGGAACCUCUCCCGCCCGCCUGGGAGGCACGUAUGGAUAGUCAUGGGAGGAUUUUCUACAUUGAUCACACGACCCGGACAACGAGUUGGCAGCGUCCGGGGGCGUCGUACAAUUUGGCCUCAAUGGGUGGCCGGGAGCAGCAUCGGCAGCAACUAGAUAGACGCUAUCAGUCCAUUAGACGCACAAUUACCAACGAUUCGCGCCCUCCUCCGGCAUCCCUGGUCCACAGGGGGUCCAAUGCCAGCAGCAGUGAAGGUGAAUCCACAGAUGGCACCCAAUCGCGAGCUCCCUCCUCGCCGGCAAUUCAAGAAUCUCAUCCAGCUCUCUUAUUGCUCUCUCGUCCUGACUUCUACUCAAUGCUCCACACAAAUCCCGAAGCUCUCGGGAUCUACAAUCGCAAUGCCGCUCUCAAGCACAUGGUGCUGCGCAUUAGGAGGGAUGCCAACUGCUUUGCUAGGUAUCAAUACAAUAAGGAUCUCGUGGCACUCGUUAAUUGCUUCGCUGUUGGUGAUCGAGAACUACCGUCCGGGUGGGAGACGAAGUUGGAUUCCUCUGGAAAGCAAUUUUUCAUCGAUCACACAAACCGCAAGACAUCCUUUAUGGAUCCACGUGUACCGACCGAAUGUCCACGGGUGCGACAUCGAGCAGCAUCCGAGGUGCUAAAUGACAUCGCUCCGGUGCCCCCACCACGUCCACUAACCCUCCCGCGACCCCCUAUCGGCUCUCCGGACAUCCCCGUGGCAUACAACGACAAAGUAGUGGCCUUCCUGCGGCAGCCCAACAUCCUGGAGAUCCUCCGUGAGCGACAGGGCUCAAGUGGGUGCUCCCGAUCGCUGCGGGAGAAGAUCAAUGCGGUACGCGUGGAAGGGGCAUCGGCACUUGAGCGCUUCGGACAUGAUCUCCAACUGACAAUUCUGCUCAGCUUGUUUGAGAAUGAGAUCAUGUGCUAUGUGCCAGUGGAGGCCAGAAGUCCUCAGGGAUCACCAAAUAUGGGAAAUUCACGGGCACCACAGCGAGGACCACCACCAUUCCGGAGGGAUUUCGAAGCAAAACUCCGUGCCUUCUAUCGGAAGCUCGAGUCCAAGGGAUACGGACAAGGACCUCAUAAAUUAAAGCUUCACAUUCGCCGCACGAAUUUGCUGGAGGAUGCCUUCCGGCGGAUAAUGUCGGCAAAUAAGAAAGACCUCCAACGGGGUCGUUUGGCUGUGCUCUUUGACACGGAGGAGGGGCUCGACUAUGGGGGUCCAUCGCGGGAGUUUUUCUUCCUGCUGAGUCGGGAGCUCUUCAAUCCGUACUAUGGGCUCUUUGAGUACUCCGCCAAUGACACGUACACCGUCCAAGUGUCCCCACUGUCGGCCUUUGUGGAUAAUUCCCACGAUUGGUUCCGCUUCAGUGGACGCGUCCUCGGGUUGGCGCUGGUGCAUCAGUACCUCCUGGAUGCUUUCUUCACGCGCCCCUUCUACAAGGCCCUCCUACGGCUACCGGUGGCACUGAGUGAUCUCGAAUCGCUCGACAGUGAGUUCCAUCAGUCACUCCAGUGGAUUCGGGACAAUGAUAUUGGGUCCGGAAGUAGCUUGGGGUUGACGUUUUGUGUGACGGAGGAGCUGCUGGGGCGUGUGGUGGAGCGUGAACUGAAGCCGGGUGGGAAGAAUAUGGGGGUGAAUGAGAAGAAUAAAAAGGAGUAUCUCGAGAGGAUGGUCAAGUGGCGCCUUGAACGGGGUGUUCAGGAGCAGACUGAGUCUCUCGUGAAGGGAUUCUACGAGGUGGUCGAUCCGAGGCUUGUGUCUGUCUUUGAUGCACGAGAACUGGAGCUCGUGAUUGCUGGCACAGCGGAGAUUGAUAUUGCAGACUGGAGGGUGAAUACGGAGUACCGAAGUGGGUAUCACGACAAUCACCAGGUGAUCAUCUGGUUCUGGCAGGUUAUUGAAAAAUUCACAAAUGAGCAACGACUGAGACUGCUGCAGUUUGUCACGGGGACCUCGAGUAUUCCCUACGAUGGAUUCUCAGCCCUCAGAGGGUCCACGGGACCCAGGAGGUUCUGUAUUGAGAAAUGGGGGAAACCCAUUGCACUGCCUCGAGCGCACACGUGCUUCAAUCGCCUCGACUUGCCACCCUAUCCCACACCCGAAAUCCUCCACGAGAAGCUCCUCCUGGCUGUUGAGGAGACCAAUACAUUUGGCAUUGAGUAGAGAGAGAGAGAGCUGCCUCUCAAAGCUGAAUUGUUACGUAGACAAUUUUUUUUAAAAUCAUUAUAAAAAAUCUUGAAAUGAUUUCUUUUGCAUGGGAUGUGCGAUCUCUUAAAAAUAAGAGAAACUUUAUGAGAUUUUUCUCCUGAAAAAAACUUUUUAAAGCAACUUUGCAUAAAGAAAAAUAAUUUUGAUUCGAAAUAAGAUGAAAAAAAAUCAAAAAUAAAUUUCUAUUUCCACUGAUUGGCCUUAUUAAAAUGAGAAGAAGAGGAAAAAAAUGAAAAGCAAGAAAACCAUAAAAUAAGCAAAAUAAAGAAAAACUUUUUGUAAACGUUGUAAACUCACUUCAAAGCUCUGAAAAAAAAUGUUGAAAGAAAGUAAAUACACGAAACACGCAGUAAAUCUAGUCAAGUUAAAUGAAUUAAAGAAAAAAAAUACUAAAGGAACUAUAAAAUAAAUAAUAAAGAAAAAAUGUUAGCUAGAGUGUUUAUAAAAUAUAUAUAAAUAUUAUGUAGAAAAUAUGACGAAUAAUUGAGAAAUUCUAAUCACAUUCCUUUCGCGAUUUUUGCUACUUUUAGAGCCAGUAUAGAGAUAAAAGAAAAAAUAAAUUAAAAGAAAAUGUUCUUUUGACGAAUCGCAUAAAAACUUUAUGAGAAUGAUGAUUUUUUGUGUACAGAUUUUUUUUUGUUAAAAGGAUUUAAUUUUGUGAAAGACGAAGAAUAAAUUCCGAUAUAAUGAAA